AAGGGUUGGUCGCAGCUCAGUUGCAGUUAUCUGUAGACCACGCGCGGGAAAAGUUGCGUACCAUCGUUUUUUAAAAUUCGAACUAUAUUCAGACUAUUUUUUAAUUUGCCUUAAGCGGGUAUAAUAAAGAAAAUAACAUGACGACGCUUUUAAGAAAAAUGUGGAGGAACCAUUCGAAACACAAAAAAUUAUGCGAGGAGUGGGCCCUAGCGGAGUGCGAGGGAGAGGGCUGGUGGAGGGAAGCUCGUGACGGGAGAGGCAAUUCCGAAGUCCGUUACGCGGGUAUGGCUCCUGUAGAACGGGCUGCUUCGGCACCCGCAACUGCCCUCGCUGUAAGAUCAGCCUUACACACGGCCAAGACUGUAAAUAAAAAGCUACAGCGAGUGAAUCUGGACAUCAGUUCCAAGGGCAUUCUAGUGACCGACGCAGAAUCACAAGAAAACGUGCUCAGUGUCUCAAUUUACAGGAUCUCAUACUGUUCGGCGGACGCGGCGAACGCGCGCGUGUUCGCUGUGGUGGAGGGCAAGAGCGCGGGCGGCGACGACACGCACGUCGUGCACGUGUUCGUGUGCGCGCGGCGGAGGCACGCCCGGGCGCUCGCUUUGUCGCUGGCGCACGCUUUCAACGAUGCGUACCAGGCAUGGCAAGCAAAUCAAGCUGCUUCCUUGAAAUCGGGUGGUAAACGACUAGUUACUCCAUGGGUGCACUUUCCCGAUGAGUCCGAGGAAGAAAGCGACGGCGAACAAUGGAACUCUCCCGCUCCGCUUGUGACUUUCGCCUAAGCCUAUUUAAGAACAUAUUUAGAUAUUAAAAAAAAGUAUACUUAUAAACGUAUUUGUAGAAUUACUUACUAUUAUUCGAUAUGAUAAUGAUUGAUAAGUUGGUUUUAUAUAUUUUUUAUAAAUAUCAACAUCGAAGUUAAAUAACUUUAAAACAAAAUGAAGGCUGGGCUACUAUAUAUAUAAAUACUUUUAUAUUUAAGGAAUACUAUAAACAUAAUAUUUACUAUAUAUUUAUAUUAGCUAUAAUUACAGAAAAUCAAUUAUAAGAUCUUUUAAAAAAAAAAAAUAUACUA